GUGGGAGGGAUGGGUGACUCGUUACGUGUUCAUUAAUUAGUCACUAAUUCUACGCUGGUGGAAGCUGCAAUUGGUCGAGUAGAAGGAAGUCUCGCACAAGGAAGAGCUGCAGCCGCGAGUAGAGCUCUCCACUGUUUGUGGAGCUUUCCACUCCACUGCUCUCUACACACCGCUGUUUGACAGCCUCGCCAACCGGGACAACAGUUCCCAGAAAUUUUAUAUAUCCACAUCUCUCUCCUAGUUUCAGUUAUCAGCUGAGAUAGUAGAUGACUCUGGAUUCGUGUUGAAUUUGGGUUGGUGAACAGAUGAGAAGCCACACAGAUACGAUGAAGAUGGGAUCGGCGUGGCCGGGGUCGGUAAAGCACCUGAUCCUACUGGCCGUUCUGCUCAUAAAGGACGGGUUCGGACAGACUACUACUAACGCACCAGUCACCACCACCACCAUCGCCACCACCACACCUGAGCCCCCCCUGGAUGUUAAUGUUACUGCGAGUGAGACGACUGUGGAAUUGACGUGGAGAGACAGAGCCGCGUGCGAUGAGAGCAACUACAACGUCACCUAUGUCACCAACUCUCCUAGUGCAGCGACUGGCUCCCGUGUGAGAACUGUACCGAGCACUUGCAUCACGUCGAGUGAUUUCUACCUAGCGAACUUGACCAACCUCAUCCCCGGAGCCAUCUACACACUCAUCAUCUGGCGGGACUCAGGCGUCAGGUGGAACAGCAUUACACGGACAAUUCCUGCUCCUGUUUCAAAUGUAACAUUGGACAAUAAUGGCUCCACAAACAGCCUCCACCUGAGCUUCCAGUCGGCCAUCGGAGAUGUGGAUUCAUAUGCAGUUGAUCUCGUGGACGGACAGAGUGGCUCUGUAGUCCAGGCGGACAGUCUCCAAAAUUCCACAACGGAGAAAACCUUCAGGGGCCUCACUGCGGGCAGGCUGUAUCGAGCAGAAGUCACAACUGUCAGUGGAGACCUGAACAGCACUGGUGCGGGAAAAGAAAUGUGCACAGUUCCUCACACUGUUGAAAAUGUCACUCUUGAAAAUGAGGGCACCACCAACAGCCUGACAGUGAACUUCACCAGCGCCACUGGGGAUGUGACUCAAUACACAGUUGAACUGGUGGACACAACCAUUGGAUCUGUGGUCAAGUCAGAAAAUCUAUCAAACGACACAACUGUGCACAUCUUUAAUGGUCUGAUCCCGGGCCAGCGUUACCAAGUCCAUGUCACCACAGUGAGUGGAAACUGUACCAGCCCUCCAGUGACUGAUGAAAUGUGCACAGUUCCUGAAACCGUUCAAAGUGUUACUCUUGAAAAUAACGGCACCACCAACAGCCUGAUAGUGAACUUCACCAGCGCCACUGGGGAUGUGACCCAAUACCCAGUUGAACUGGUGGACACAACCAAUGGAUCUGUGGUCAAGUCAACAAAUCUAUUAAACAACACAACUGUGUACACCUUUAAUGGUCUGAUCCCGGGCCGGCGUUACAAAGUCCAUGUCACCACAGUAAGUGGAGACUGUACCAGCCUUCCAGUGACUGCUGAAAUGUGCACAGUUGCUGAAACCGUUCAAAGUAUUACUCUUGAAAAUGAGGGCACCACCACCAGCCUGACGGUGAACUUCACCAGCGCCACUGGGGAUGUGACUCAAUACACAGUUGAACUGGUGGACACAACCAAUGAAUCUGUGGUCAUGUCAGAAAAUGUAUCGAACGACACAACUGUGUACAUCUUUAAUGGUCUGAUCCCGGGCCGGCGUUACCAAGUCCAUGUCACCACAGUGAGUGGAAACUGUACCAGCCCUCCAGUGACUGAUGAAAUGUGCACAGUUCCUGAAACCGUUCAAAGUGUUACUCUUGAAAAUAACGGCACCACCAACAGCCUUACAGUGAACUUCACCAGCGCCACUGGGGAUGUGACUCAAUACCCAGUUGAACUGGUGGACACAGCCAAUGGAUCUGUGGUCAAGUCAGAUAAUCUAUCAAACGACACAACUGUGUACAUCUUUAAUGGUCUGAUCCCGGGCCGGCGUUACCAAGUCCAUGUCACCACAGUGAGUGGAAACUGUACCAGCCCUCCAGUGACUGAUGAAAUGUGCACAGUUCCUGAAACCGUUCAAAGUGUGACUCUUGAAAAUAUCGGCACCACCAACAGCCUGACAGUGAACUUCACCAGCGCCACUGGGGAUGUGACUCAAUACCCAGUUGAACUGGUGGACACAACCAAUAGAUCUGUGGUCAAGUCAACAAAUCUAUUGAACGACACAACUGUGUACAUCUUUAAUGGUCUGAUCCCGGGCCGGCGUUACCAAGUCCAUGUCACCACAGUGAGUGGAAACUGUACCAGCCCUCCAGUGACUGAUGAAAUGUGCACAGUUCCUAAAACCGUUCAAAGUGUGACUCUUGAAAACAACGGCACCACCAACAGCCUGACAGUGAACUUCACCAGCGCCACUGGGGAUGUGACUCAAUACAAAGUUGAACUGGUGGACACAACCAAUAGAUCUGUGGUCAAGUCAACAAAUCUAUUGAACGACACAACUGUGUACAUCUUUAAUGGUCUGAUCCCGGGCCGGCGUUACCAAGUCCAUGUCACCACAGUGAGUGGAAACUGUACCAGCCCUCCAGUGACUGAUGAAAUGUGCACAGUUCCUGAAACCGUUCAAAGUGUGACUCUUGAAAAUGAGGGCACCACCAGCCUGACAGUAAACUUCCUCAGCGCCACUGGGGAUGUGACUCAAUACACAGUUGAACUGGUGGACACAGCCAAUGGAUUUGUGGAUAAGUCAGUAAAUCUAUCAAACGACACAACUGUGCACAGCUUUAAUGAUCUGAUCCCAGGCCGGCGUUACCAAGUCCAUGUCACCACAGUGAGUGGAAACUGUAACAGCACUGAAGCGGAUGCUGAAAUGUGCACAGAUCCUAGCUUGGUUACAAACUUGAACCUCAAUACACAUCACAAUAAGAACUUGUCAGUGAGCUUUGACAAGGCUUAUGGCAAUGUAGAUAAUUAUACCGUGAUACUGACCAACGGUAACACAUCUCUAGAUUCAAUAAAACAUCUAAAUCCUGACCAAACGGAGUGCUCUUUCGAAAAUUUGCAGCCAUGCACCAAAUACCAUGUCUCGGUUACCACGUCCAGUUCAUUUUGUAGAAAUACUCUCGAGUCAAGGCCACAACUCACAUAUCCAAACCAAGUGGGGAAAGUCACACCAAAAGUAAAGAAUUACAAUCACAUCGAUAUACAGUGGGUACAACCCGAAGGAAAUGUCGAAUUCUUCAAUGUGGUCUUAUCAAAAGAUUCAUCGGUUCAUUGGGCAGGCGUUUAUAACUCAAGCGAAAGUUCCCAUGCCACCGGUGCAUUGGCCUACAGCACUACGUACAAUGUGUUAGUAGAGGCCUGCUGCCAGAAUUUAUGUUCGCCAGAUGUCAACGUUUACGUGAAAACAUGCCCAAAUGUCAUUCUGAUUGCUUGCCUGACGACUGCAAUGAUUGUAGUGAUUGCUUGUGCUGUCAGUGGAUUCCUGUUUUAUCGACGAAGGAAAGACAAGGAGCCCGACAGAGUUCCCACAAAUAAACUAACUUCAAUGAGGAAAAGAAAUCCAGUGCCUUUUAGCAAGUUUCCGGAUUAUUAUAAGAAGCGCGAGGCCGACUCUGGGUAUUUAUUUUCCGAGGAAUACCAGGAGCUCAGCAGCGUUGGCAAGGGUCAAGCGAUGGAAGCAGCGACACUUGCUGAAAACCGAACCAAGAACCGUUACACCAACAUCCUCCCGUUUGACGUCACCAGAGUGAAGCUUGCAUCUGUCGAGGACAUCCCUCACUCGGACUACAUCAACGCCAACUACAUCAAGGGCCACUCCUCGUCACGGGAGUACAUCGCCGCGCAGGGGCCCCUGGCCGGCACGAGGGAGGACUUCUGGAGGAUGGUGUGGGAGCAGAAGGUCAACCAGAUCGUGAUGCUCACCAACUGUGUGGAGCGUGGGCAGCCCAAGUGCGAGUGCUACUGGCCCAUGGACAUCACGCCAGUGCGCUACGGUGACAUCGGCCUCGUAAUGGAGUGGGACAAACCGAGCCCCGAGUGGACGAUCCGACAUUUGGUGGUCAAGAACCAUAAGACAGAUGAAAAGCGAUCGCUGUACCACUUCCACUUCACGGCGUGGCCAGACCACGGCGUCCCCGACACGACGGACUCACUCACCAACUUCGUGCGGCUCUUCCGCACCCACGUGAACACAACGAACAAGGGCGGCCCCAUCGUUGUGCAUUGCAGCGCGGGCGUCGGGAGGACCGGCACCUUCAUCUCGCUCGACCACCUCCUGCAGGACAUCGACAAGAAGCCGGAGAUCGACAUCUACGGCAUCGUGCAUGACAUGCGCAUGAGUCGCGUCUUGAUGGUGCAAACCGAGAUGCAGUACAUAUUCAUCCACAAGUGUAUACUCAAAGUGCUGGAGGAGGAGAAGAAGAAGGACUCCGACUACGAGGUGAUCUACUCCAACGAGGGCAUCUACGAGAACAACAUCGUCGACAACUUCCACAUGGAGAAGAGUAACCAGAACAACAACGAGAACCACACAUUCCUUACCGACAAGUGAAAUGGCGCGGCCCAGCCGGGGCCUGCCAAGCAAUGGGGGGGGGUCGGCAGGACGGACCCGUCGGGACAAUCCAUUC